GGAACAGGGAAACGGAGCGGGGACGGCAGCGGGGAUCCCCCGAUCGCCCGCCAGACCGACCGACAGCCCGGCCGGCCGCCUUCCAGCGCGGGCAGCACCGCCCGCAGCGCCCCGGCCGCCGCCCUCAGCCCGCCCCGCCGCAGGGAAACUGAGGCAGCCGUCGCGCGGGUGGGGGUGGCCCGGCACGGGGGAGACACACACGGAGGGACGGGUGCGUGUGGCGGGGGACAGAGGGGUUCGGGAGGUGCCGCUGAGGUAACCUGCACCCACCACCCUCCCCGGGCCUGUGUGCUGUGGGUGUGAGGGGGAACCCGCGUGCAGCGUUAGUGCGCGAUUCACUGGAAUUUGUUCUUGUUUCGUCGUGAGGUUUUAUUGUGGUGAUUAUGAUUAUUAGGGUUUUUUAGGUGUAGGGGUAAGGCCCUGUGUGGUCUGUGAAGAAGCACCGUGCCUAGUGCCUCCCACUGUGUCCCUCACAAGCCACCCCCAACCCAUCACAUUUCUGUCCCCGUCAGAAACCACCACUGUCCCCACCAAAAGUCACCGACUCCCCCAAGGCACCCAAUAGCCCAUUCACCACCCACUGAACCCCUCCCAAGCCACUCAGUGUCCCUCAAAUGCCACCCCUAUUCCCCUCAAAAGCCACCCCUGCAACCACUCAAAAGCCACUCCUGUCCCUCUCAAAAGCCACCACCAUCCCACUCACAAGCCACCCACUGUCCCUCAAAGGCCACCACCGUCCCCCUCCCAAGCCAGCCCACCACCCUCUGCUGCCACCAGGGACACACACGCCCAGAUCCUGGUGGGUUUUGGCUCAGCCCCUUUAUAACUGCUGGUUAGAAAAAAAUUAUAAUGGCCAUUAUCAUUGCUUUAGGCUGGCUUCUCAUCGUGAUUAUCCGCUUUGAAUUAAAUACCUGAAUAGGGCUUUAUGUGUCAAAAUGCAAGUAUUAAAAUAGAAAUUAAGAAUUACAAGAUUCCUCUUGUUUUUGUCGAAGGCUAAUCUGGUGUGUUAUCUUUUCAUUAAGGACAGCUCUAGAGAUUAGCAUCUAAUCCCAUACAUGUUUUCAGUGUGCUUUCAGAUAUCCCACCUAAGUCACAAAUACUCUGAAGCAGCUGUAGAAUCCCUGGAAUGUUUUUAGGGAUGCAUUCAAGCCUUUUUUUGCCAAGGUUUUGUUGCAAAUGGGCUAAAACCCACGUAAGGGAAGGAGAUGUGCCUUACUGGGUCUGGCUCCUUUUUCCCCUCUCCAGAUCUUGGGGGUUUGUUUUGUCACUGCUGGCUCUUUCCGUAGAUUUGGAAACUGGGGAAGCUGCUUGUGAAAGGAGUGGGGUUUUCUCACUCAGGGACUCGUGCCAUGAUGUGAGUGUUGCUUUGUGAGCCAGCACAAAACUCCAGCAAGCUCUUUGGAAGAAUUCCCUCCUCUGGUUUGCAGUGCAGACAACUGCUCUGGCACGGGGGCUGCUGUGGUGAUGGGAACAAACAACUGGGAAAGCACUUGCAUCUGUUCCCAUAAACCAGUUUGUGCAGUGAGGCUGGCUGUGCUGCCAGGGGAGGAUUUGGGGAGCUAACCUGAGCUUUCUUCUUCUUUUCUUUUUUUUUUCUUUCCUCAUGUGUAAGUUACUUCUGAGCCAAGCAGAAACUAGUUGGUCUUGCAUAAUUUUUUAGCUGUGCUUCUCCAAAAGGGCCUGUGGCAGAGAUGGAGGAUCUCUGUCCCAGAAUUACCCUGCUGAAAGGUGGUGUACACUUGUGUGUGUGUGUGUGUUGCUGUGCAGGUAUUUAUUACCAGUAUUUUUAAUUUGUCAGGGUCCCUACUGAAAAUGCAGCCAGUAGAACAGAGCCCAUGCAGUGGCUUGUAUAAUUCUGUUGGAAAGAGUCCAGAAGAGGCCACAAAAUUGAUAAGAAGCCUGGGGCACCUCCCCUACAGCGACAGGCUGGGAAAAUCGGGGUGUUCAUCCUGGAGAAUGUUGUGUGCAGACCUCGAAACACCUUUCAGGAUCUGAAGAGACCUGCAAGGAAGCUGGAGAGGAGCUCUUCAUCAGGGACUGGAGUGACAGGACAGGGGGGAAUGGGUACAAACUGGAAAACGGGAAAUUCAGGAGACUGUUGGCUUGUGCUGAGCAAGUGCAGCUGGUCACAAUGAACACGUGCUGCUGCAGGGGAUGCAGGACACAAUCUUAAACUUGCUGCAAUUAAUACAAGACAAGAAUGUGGCUGGAAGAUAUGAAAAGGGCUGGACAGGACACAGUUUGUAUCCUUAAUUGCCUGAGUGGUCUUUUCAGUGCCUGAAUUGCUAAAAAGUAAAUUGUUGUGAGCCUAACUGAUGGUAACUGAAGAAAUGAUGCUGAUAUAAAUCAGAACCUCAAAGAAUUUCCAAAUUGCAAGUCAGGCUGGGGGAGCCAAGUAGAACAGGCAGAAGAGGCAAAUUCCCUGGAGAGAACACAAAGGAGAGAGAACCAGCAAAAUUCCCAGUGGAGCAUCUUUGUUUCUGUUGCCAGCAGUUAUCACCUCCCUGCAAAAGGAAAAAACCCAGAGCACCUUUUCCCCUACUCCAAAAGCUACCAGUGAGGACAGCCAAGCUCUGCCACCUUGGAAACAGAGGGAUAAGAAAGGUUUUCCAGGAUGGGCCCUGCAAUGGCCAGGAUCACCCUUAUUUCUGUUCUCAUCCUCUGGGCAGCCACACAGCAGGGAAUGGGAGAUGAAAUUACAGAAAAAGGCCUCUCUUUGCUAGGGUACCAUCUGUGCAACUACACCCUGACCAAAAAUGUGUCCAGAAUGGUUGUCUACCAAAAGUCCUAUGAGAAGAAGACAUCCUGUAGAGGCUGGAUCCCAUGGAUGGUGUGUCCCCAGACACACCACAGAACAGAGUUUCACAGUGUUGAAAUCCCUGAAACCAUCACUCUCACAGAUUGCUGUGAAGGGUAUGAACAAGUUGGACUCUACUGCUCUCUAGCACUCAAUAGAUCCAGUGUAUUUGCCUCAAGACCUGGUGUUUGUCCAGUGAAGGAUAUGGAAACAUUUGAUUAUCCUUGCACGUUCGAUACUGAAUGUCCAGGGCUGAAAAAAUGCUGCAGCUCAUCCAAAGGAGCAGGCUGUGUGGAUCCUGUGCCAGAGGGGAGGAUGUUCUGGUACAACGUGACAGUGCUGGUGAAAAUGGAUUUUAGUGAAUUGGUCCGAGUGGAUUCCCACCUUGUGAAUCAUUCCCGCCUUUUGCACUCCGUGAUCACUGGUGCAUUGCAGCCCCUGAAUGCCUCUGUGCACCACAUCCAGAGUAACCAUGGGGACAUCUACGCUGGGACAGUGGCCUCCCAGCUUCUCCUGGGCAUGCAGCAUCCAGCUCCUCUGGCAGAGGUUUCCUCCUCCCUGAAGGCCAUGGUGAAGCGUGUGCAUGAAGUGAUUGACACACAAGUGCAAGAUGUCAAUGAAUGCUCCUAUGCUGGAUUCAAUGCUUGCCCUGAGAAAAGCAGCUGUGUAAACCUGGAGGGUUAUUACAGCUGCCAGCCCCAACAUGAACAUGCUACUGUCAUCCCUCACUGGCUAAGCCCUAGGAAGGAAGGCAUUGCAGCAUCUACUCCAAGUUCAGUAAAUGCUGUUAGCACUGGCAGUAGCUCUCCUUCUCUAAGGAAAUCGAGUCUCUUGUCCAUAACCAACCAAUCUACAGAUGCUGGGUGCUAUCCCUCUGCAGUUACAAACCAUCAAAUCCUCAGCGUUACCAGCAACAGCUUUGAAAUGUCCUGGCUUCUCAGCUCCACUCUGAACCACACUUUCCAAGUCCGGGUGGCCAAGGGCAAUGAAACUGUGCAAAACCUGAAGACAGAGGAAAUGCAGGUGGAUGUGUCUCACCUGGAAGCAGGUGUGAUGUAUUCAGUAGAGAUCAGCUAUGAAACUUGUGGGAAAACCAUUAUCUCCCAUCAAAAUGUUAAAACAGAGGCCAAGAUAUUUGAUGUUACUAUGAGGAUUCUCAACUACAACUUCACUGAUGAUUUCCAUAAUUCCAGCAGCUCAGCAUAUGAGGAAUUUUCAAGGCUGUUGCUUACAGAGCUUGAAAAUUCAUUCCCACCCAACAUUUCUGCUUUGUACAAAUCUGGGAAGCUGAAAGUGCAGAUUGAAUCCCUGGCAGCAGGAAGCAUCAUUGUGAGGCUCAGAAUCACCGUGCAGAAUCCCGAGUUUCCAGUGGAUGCCUCCACAUUUGCCCCAGUGCUUUCCUACCUGCACAAUGGCUCUGUGCUAGAGGUGGAUCAGCAAAACACUGCAGUAGAAGACUGGGAUGAAUGUGCUUCCCAAGCUGAGAAUGACUGCUCAGUAUUUGCAGAGUGCAUCAAUUUGAUGGGCUCCUACAUGUGCAGGUGCAAGACAACCAUGGAUACCAAUCCAUCCCGACCUGGAAGAAACUGUGAGGGUGAGAUUGUGGAUCCUCUCACUGAAACCGUGGCUCCUGAAAUAAAAACCAGCAUGAACUUGGUUCCUGAAGAAGGCAGAAGCCCUGCAGGCCCUGCUCCCACUGCCACCAUGGGGACAGCGGCCGCUGCAGGCCCCGUGUCAAGCACCACCACACUCCUCCCUGCUGUGCUGGCCUUGAGUGACAAACAAGUGUCCCGCAGUCCCACCGGUGCUCCUCCAGUGCCUUGGCAAAAAGCCUUCCAGAAACUUAGUGGCACAGUUCAGAUAACAAACAUGGAAUACUCUCCAGGCUUUAGCAAUAACAGCAGUGAGGAAAAUCAAACCUUUGCACAGCUCUUUGUGGAUGAAGUGAAGAAAUCUCUGCCCCUUGAGGUGCUCCAGCAGAUGGAUGCUGGUCUGAUUAAAGUGCUGGUAGCUGGUGUUACUAAUGGGAGCCCAGUGGUAAGUUUCAGUUUGCUGCUUGCAGAAGAAGUGGAUGUCCACCAUGUCAUCACCACUUUUUGUAAGGCCUUGGAACACAGCUCCUACUUCACCAUGGACAGGAGCAGCCUCUCCAUACACGCACUUCACUUCAGCCAGAAGGCAACAGUGACAGAUGAGAAACCUGUGAACAGCACAGUUUUACCUGUGACAUCUCUGCAAACUUCAGCUCAUGUUUCCUCCCCUGCUUCACUGGACUUCUCUCCUGCUGAGCACAAAGCUCAGGAGGAUGCCAUGUCCUCCAGCACAGUGCUGAGUCCUCUCACCAUGGAUCCCGUGGCAAGUCCUGAUGUUUCUCCUCGACCAUCUCCAGCCCCCCUGGUCAAACCCACCCAAGAGGUUUCCAUUAAAGACGCUGUGAGUGUGUUUUGUGAGAUUGAGAGGAUUGUCCUUGCCAUCCAGAAGAGGUUCUUGCAGCAGGAGUCUAUCCCAGAGAGUUCCCUGUUCCUGGGGGAGCCUGGCUGCAAUGUGAGCACCAGCAAUGGCACCCACGUUGUGCUGCAGGCAGGAUGGAGCGACUGUGGCACCCAGGUUGAGACUAACAUGACUACUACAGUGGUGAGAACCACCCUUAAGAAUGAUGUUUCUGCUCAGGGAGUAAUCCACCACUUGAGCAUUGCCAGUCCCAUCCACUGUGUGUUUCAAAAUGAUGUCUUGACUUCCUCUGGGUACACUGCAGAAAGACUUUACACCAUCUUUGAGGAUUUGCAUGGAUCUGGAUACUUCAGAACAGAAAUGCAGUUGUUAAUUGGAAACUCCCCAGUCCCCAGAAAUUUCAGCGUCUCUGCCAGCGAGGAUGUGCUGAUCGAGGUGGGGAUACAGAGGGCAGACAGCCAGCUCAAGGUGGUUCUCACUGACUGCUGGGCCACUCCAACCAAUAAUUCAGUGCAUCCCCUGUCAUUUGUUUUUAUCAGCAACAGCUGUCCCAUCCCAAAUACUUACACCACGCUGCUGGAAAAUGGGAAUUCAAGCAAAGCUCAGUUUAAGAUGAAAAUUUUUUCCUUUGUCAACAACUCUGUGGUUUACUUACACUGCAGAAUUCGUAUUUGUAUGGAGUCACCAGGAAGCACCUGCAGGACUAGGUGCCAUGCAAAGGCUCGGCUCCCGAAGGCUGGAGAAACCAUCGCCCUGCACAGAACAUCCUGGGGACCCCUGUGUAAAUCAGCUGCAUCUGAUUCCAAGAGAGAGAAGGAGGCUGGAAUGGGAAUUGGAUACAUCAUCCUCAUAGCCCUUGCUGUGUUGGGUUUUGUGCUGGGAGUUGUGACCCUUCUCAUUUUCCAGUACCAGAGAAAGACAGGGAGAUACAACCUCAGGAUCAAGUCUGACAACUUCAGCUACCAAGUGUUCUAUGAUUAGUGGUUCAUAGGUUACCACAUUGGAAUCGUAUCUCAUCACAUGGAGAACUGAAGUUUGUCUUCACUCAACAUUUGGCUUUCCUUGCUCUACACAUCACUGAAUCUUUCAAAUUAUUGUAAUAUUAAAAAAGCUUCUAUACCCCCUUUCUCCCCAGCACCUCUUUUUUUUCUUAGCAAUCUGUUUCUUCCCUGGUAUCCUAAGAACUCUUUGUGACAACAGCUCCAGGUUGAAGUGAAUUUUGGCAGUUUUUCCACUAAUAAAAUAGAAGGGAAGAAAACAAAGACAUCUGGAUCUCUCCUCAAGUUUCGAGAUCUGGUUUUCUCGCUGUGACAUAUCACUAUGUGCUCCUCUUAGCAUCACUUGUGCCAUUCAUAUUGACAAGCUGCAUGUUUCCAUUGAUAUUCAAGGAAGUAAAUCAGCAAACCCUCAGACAGAUCUCUUUUUCAGUUUGUAAUUUGCUGUUUACUCAGGGUGAGGUUGAAACUUUGAGCUGUAACAGCGUUGAAGAGCUAAUUGUGCAACGCCUUAAGUAUACAGAAGCUGGGGAACCAGCAUUGGAUUUGCCACCAAGUAAGGAAUAGCCACUGUGGGUCUGGGGCUUAACCUACUCAGGGUGCUCUUCAGCAUGAGUAUUUGAAUUUGAUUCCUUCUGUAAUUGACAAGGUUUCAGUAAAAAAGGAAGAAAAAACAAAAAAAGAAUUUAUUUUUGUUUCUGGCAGCCCAUGUUUUUCCAGAUAAAUCAAUUGGUCCCUGUGUAUUCAGCUCAAUUAGACCCUAAUGAUUGUGCAGUCAAGCCACACACUGCUGCCCACCUAAGUGAGAGCUCUCUAAUUGCAGAUGAAGAGUUCUAAAUUUGACCUGAAUUUUGCCUGGCUGCACAAUCAUCAGUGCAGCAGCACAGGCUCACUUUACACAGUCCAUUGUGCACAACAACAGUCUGGUCAGCUGGAUAAACUGGAGCAAAAAUCUCUUUAUGCAGUCAGCAUCUCCUGCAGGGCUCUUUCCUGGGCUGCUCUUCUCUGGUGCCCCAAAUCUCCUCCUCAGUGAGUGUUGGAAGAUGGGAGGUGAAGAGGUGUCAGUAACUUGUCCCACCAGCCCUGGGUUCUGUUUGCUGCAGUCACUCCUCCUACACAGUGAUAAUCUGCUGUGCCUGGGUCACAUCCAACUUAGUAACUUAUAAAUAAAUUCCUCCUUUAGCUCAAUGGACACCAUUAUAAAUAACUCUUAGUGGAAAAUGGUCCUUAACUUGAAGUCAUGAAUGUUUCCAAGUAGUCAUGGCACUGUGGUGCUGAUUUUUGGGUACAGAAUAGCAUAGGAAAGUGGCUUUUCUAUCCUCCUAGUCCAAUUUCCAUUAGGUACUAGUAAGAUUACUGGGUAAAAGGCUUCCACAUUUUGCAAGAGGUUGAACUGAUUGAUUUUAGAGAUUAUUUAUAUCAAUAAAUUUCAGAUUAAUCAUUGAAUUCUGCUUUAGAUUCAAGUAACUCUGUAAGGACUAAGACACUUUGACUUGUCUUUUCCUUAUGGAAGUAAGAGUUACCAGAUCCUGAUCUAAAAAAAAAUAUAUAUAUAUAUAUAUAUAUUUAUAUAUCUCCAUUUAGUUGUAAGUGGUGAAACUAUAAAUUAUCUUUGCAGUCUUAAUCUGAUGAACAUGGAAUCAUAGAAUGGUUUGGGUUGGAAGGGACCUUAAAGACCACCUAGCUCCAAGUCCCUGCCAUGGGCAGGAACACCUUCCACUGUCCCAGGGUGCUCAGCCUGCCCUUGGACACUUCCAGGAAUGGGGAGUCCACAACUUCUUUGGACAACAACAUAACCAUCAGUUCUUGUUAUGUAGGAGUCUCUUAACUUUUGCUCAGUUUGCUGACAAAUGGGAAAUGUGUUUGCCUUCUGCACUCAGUGACAGGAUCAGCUAUUUUACUAUAAAUAUUUUUCUAGAUUUUAGUACUUAUAAUCCUGAACUUCUCGGAGGUGACAGGAUUAGAGAUCUGCCUGUUGAUUUUGGUGGAGCUAUGCCAUUUUCAAAAGCUGAGCACUCCUCAGGAUGAAAUGUCAAGCAGUAGCUUGUAUUUGAUACCUUGCAUGCUCAGCAGAAACUGUUAUUUGUGACUG